AUGGGACACUCCAACGUGUGGAACUCGCACCCCAAGAACUACGGCCCUGGAUCCAGGGUUUGCCGUGUGUGCGCCAACCCCCACGGCCUCAUCCGGAAGUACGGGCUCAUGUGCUGCAGGCAGUGCUUCCGCAGCAACGCCAAGGACAUCGGCUUCAUCAAGCAAUAUGAAGAUACUAGCAAGACUAUGGUAGUGCUGUACAGCUUAAUUCUUAAUUUGCAAUAUGAAGAUACUAGCAAGACUAUGGUUAUCAGAUUCUUGGUAUUAGCAAUAUGGAACCUGUGA